AAGCGCGCGAACUCUCCCGCGCUCUGGUUCUUAUAUUUUUAUUAUACCAUUGCACUCUCAUUUCUCUUCUCCGUUCCAACAAUGCAACAUUCAACCAUCGCCGCCGCAUCACAAUCUUCUCGCGGCGGCGAUUCCGCCGAGAGUUCCGAUAUUAAACCAGCAAAAAAACGUGGUAGUUAUAACUGUGGUCGUUGUGGUCUUCCUAAGAAAGGUCAUAACUGCAACGUCAAAACCCCUGUCUCCGCCACCCCCGCCACCACUACACCUGCCGAUUCAUCUCUAUCUGUCGUUUCUGUACCUUCGUCCGCUGUAUCUGUGAUUCGUCAGCCGUCCACGAAUCUCCGUCGUGCUCUUUCGUUCGAAGGUCUUGACGAUCGAGCAAGCGGACUUGAUUUGGUGGCGGUUGACGAUAAAGAAGAUGGAGAUUCGUUUCCGGAGCCAGAUCUUGAACCAGAUCUGGAGGUUCUGGAGGUUUCAGAUCUGGAUAUGGAUUUUGACUCGUGCGGUUUACCGUCGAGUCUCCGGUGGGAAGUGUUGAGGAGGCUUCCACCGGCGGGGCUGUUAUCGGCUGCUAAGGUGUGUAAGGGAUGGAGAGAGACGGCGAGGAAGCUGUGGAGAGCGACUGAGGAGUUGAAGCUUAGGGUUCCGGCGAAGGUUCAUGUUGGAUUCGUUGCGUCGAUGCUGCAGAAAUGUCCUGGGAUAGUGAGGCUUUCGCUUAGGUUGGAAAGUGAUUUUGACUCUACAAUGCUGGCUUGUAUUGCAUUUUCAUGCCCUAAUUUGGAGUCUAUGGAGAUCUCGAUAUUCAACACCGCAACCAAUCGGAUCAAUGGGGAUGAAUUGGGCCGAUUUGUUGCUGACAAAAGAAACCUCAAAAGCCUCAAGAUGGAAGGUUGUUCUAAUCUAGGGGGUUUUGUCCUUUGUUCAUCUAGUUUGUCUACACUUUGGCUAUCAGAUCUGCACUCUUUAUCUAAGAUGGUAUUUAACUGUCCCCAGCUGAGAGAGAUUUCACUUGAAUUUUCUUGCCAAGAAAAUGAAGGCACUGAUCUCAUAACUAUGAUUGAAGGGUUGGGAAGAAUUUGCUUGAAACUACAGAACAUUCAUAUAGCUUCAAUGCGGCUUUCUCAUGCUGCUGUGCUUGCUCUCACAGCUGCUCAACUGAGGGGGCUGCGAAUGCUUUCUCUUGUUCUUGGAUCUGAAUUAACUGAUGCAUCUGUUGCUGCAAUUGCUUCAAGCUAUCCAAAUCUAGAAUUGCUUGACCUCAGUGGAUCUGGCAUAAGUGACAGUGGCAUUGGAAUGAUUUGCAACGUAUUCCCUGAAACACUUAGAAGACUUCUCCUUGCUCUUUGCCCUAAUGUGACUUCAAGUGGCAUUCAAUUUGCUACAGCUCAAUUGCCCCUUCUUGAACUUAUGGACUGUGGCAUGGCCAUAUGUGAUCCAAAUUUUCCUGAUCCAACUGCUGAUGAAAAUGACUGCAAAUCACUGAAAACAUCCAGCGCAAAUCUACAGCAUAUAAACCAAAAACUAAUCAUCAAACAUAGCCGUUUAAAGAAACUCAGUUUGUGGGGUUGCACUGGAUUGGAUGCCCUGUACUUAAACUGCCCAGAACUCAUUGAUCUGAACCUAAAUUCUUGUAGAAAUCUGCAUUCAGAGAGGCUGUUGCUUCAAUGCCCCACUUUGCAAAAUGUUCAUGCAUCAGGUUGUCAGGAUAUGUUAAUUGAGGCUAUCCAAAGUCAGGUCCGCAAUGCUUUUCCUGCUAUAGAUAACCAUUCGCCUUCUAAACGUCUACCUGAUGGCUCCAAAAGGGUUCGGGUUCCUUAUUUACUUAGUGGAGAGUCCCCUGAACCUGAAAAAAAACGAAGGAGGAUCGAGAGAAUUCCAUGCAAUGUGCUUGUGGACUGAUUUCCCUUGAAGCUUAUUCUCAUUUUUCUUUAUGGUGAUGAAGGUGGGCUGGAACUUAUUCUAUUGUAUACUAUAUGUGCAAUAUCUUGUGAUGUUAUAUAAUAUGCAUUAUCCCUUAGCUACCAAACAGGUCAUAAAUUUUCAAUUUAGGCUCUCAAAUUGGUGCCCUAGUUGAAACUGUAUCUCAUCGCAAACAAAUGUUUAUGUUUAAAAUACUCUUGUAUGAAUUAUAUGGAUGAAUGCCUCAUUUUUAUUGAAAUAAUGUAUUGAAUUAUAUGGAUGAAUGCCUCAUUUUUUAAUGAAAAGUAUUUUAUGAAAA